AUGGCCUCCCAUACAGUUGAAAUCGCUCCUGGUAUUCAUCAAAUAGUGCUCAAUUUCUCAGAGCAUACGAGUGAAAUCGCACAGCUGCGUACUUGCAUCGAGGCUCUCGAGUCACAGCGAUCUGCCGUGCAAGCUCCUGCCGAAGUUGAUGGAAGCAACAGCAAUCAUUCUGUUGAGCAACGGGAGCCCAUUCCGAAUGUAAUCGCAGGGGUUACACCAAUCUGCAGUGGGUUGGUAAAGCCCGGCCGUUACAUGCAAUCUCUGAAGCCGGCAUUCAAACGAACAGUUGUAACGGUCCUGAAGGACGAGACCAUUUGGGAAGAUUUUCCCGAGGUCGGAUUCUCUAUCAAGCCCUCCCUGAUACGGACAAAGAAAGGGAAUUGGCUAGGAUGCGAGAGACAGAAGCUGCUUCGUCCCCAAAACGAGCUGAUCGCGUGUUGGGACGGGCAGUGGUGCUAUCUCGGGACUUAUGCAACGUCGCCGCCCGAGAUGUUGUCUGCCGAGGAGUUUGCAGCGCUACCAGACAUGACCCGUAAAACGGUUAUUGCCCAGUCGGGCAACAAGCGCUACCACAGAGAAUUACGGGCGAUGUAUGCGACGGGCGAGCUUGUAGCGCGAAAGAUUAGGUUCCGGCGCGUGGGGUACAACGUGAAGUACGGUCAGGCCCUAGUCGCGAUCGCGAACCAGGAGGAAGUAGAUGCUGGACUCGUGCACACCGGUUCUGGCAUGACGUCAGCUGUGGCUGAUGAUAGCGACGAUGCACCUAUGUCCGAUUGA